AUGCCCUUUUCUGGUGCAACCGGACCCUCCGAGGAUACACUCUGGAGCUCAAGGCCAGCCUGCAGGGAAAUGGAGUCGAAGGUCUCCGAAGGCGGCCUGAACGUCACCCUCACCAUCCGACUGCUGAUGCACGGCAAGGAAGUCGGAAGCAUCAUUGGGAAGAAAGGAGAGACCGUGAAGAAGAUGCGUGAGGAGAGCGGGGCAAGGAUCAACAUCUCAGAGGGAAACUGCCCCGAGAGAAUCGUGACCAUCACUGGACCCACCGAUGCCAUCUUCAAGGCUUUCGCCAUGAUCGCCUACAAAUUUGAGGAGGACAUAACCAACUCAAUGAGCAACAGCACUGCUACCAGCAAGCCUCCGGUGACACUGAGACUGGUUGUGCCAGCCAGUCAGUGUGGCUCGCUGAUUGGCAAAGGAGGCUCCAAGAUCAAGGAAAUCAGGGAGUCAACAGGUGCUCAGGUUCAAGUGGCGGGGGACAUGCUGCCCAACUCCACGGAGCGGGCGGUGACAAUCUCGGGGACACCCGACGCAAUUAUCCAGUGUGUCAAACAGAUCUGUGUGGUGAUGCUGGAGUCCCCACCAAAAGGUGCCACCAUUCCCUACCGCCCAAAGCCCGCCUCCACCCCUGUCAUUUUUGCAGGUGGUCAGGCCUAUACAAUUCAGGGACAAUAUGCUAUUCCACACCCGGAUCAGUUGACCAAGCUCCACCAGUUGGCUAUGCAGCAAACCCCCUUUACUCCCCUUGGACAGACCACCCCCGCUUUCCCUGGAGAAAAGCUGCCCUUACAUUCCUCCGAAGAAGCUCAAAAUCUGAUGGGCCAAUCAUCAGGUUUGGAUGCCAGUCCCCCGGCCAGUACUCAUGAACUCACCAUUCCCAAUGAUCUAAUAGGCUGCAUAAUUGGACGCCAAGGGACCAAAAUCAAUGAAAUUCGGCAGAUGUCGGGAGCGCAGAUCAAAAUCGCCAACGCCACGGAAGGGUCAUCAGAGCGCCAAAUUACCAUCACAGGAACCCCAGCAAACAUCAGCCUCGCGCAGUACCUCAUCAACGCCAGGCUGACGUCUGAGGUCACUGGAAUGGGCGCACUCUAA